UUGGGAAGCUUGGAGUAAGGACAGACAGCGAGACAUAGAGUACCAACUGGUUACCAACCGAUAUCAUUUAUCCUGAAAAGAGGAAUCCUUUACAAAACUUGUCAGAAUGAACAUCUCCCAUUUGGUGGCUUGUGGACUUAUGAUCAUUCUGCUUUCAGUGAGGACAGGGGCGAAGCCUCUGCCACCAGCGCAACAGAAGUCUCUUAGAAGUUUGUUGGGGGAGGAGCUGUCGGAGUUCCUGGCGUCCGAAGAGAGAGAGCGGAGGAUGGAAAACUUGCGCUCCAGGGUACGAUUGCUGCGAGACCUGCGCAUGGAAACUCGCGCCAAGGGCAUGUGGGCGCGCUUGCUGAACGACCAGCCCAGUGCACGGAGACACAAAGCUAACACCAAGAAAGGGGCCGCGGCCCGGAGUGGCUGCUUCGGACACAAAAUGGACAGGAUAGGCACUAUUAGCGGCAUGGGCUGUUAGAGAUGGCGCAUCGAGACGUAUCGCAUUCAGACGAUGGGUUCGACAACAUGGAUUCAGUUGGUCCUCGCCUGAGGUAAAUACCUAAAAAGUGACGGAUUUUCGGUAUAAAAAGCCACCACGACCAGCAUUUUCGAGGACUGAGACAACAAUGAUAAAGCCAACCCACAUGUAUAACAUAAAGAAAGAUCAACACACACUACCAGAUGACGGACAGUGGUGUAAAACCUAGAAACCGAAAAGCUGUAUAUUGUUGCUGCUGCUGUAAAUUCCUGUACUUUCAUUCCUGCAUAAAUGUAUUUAUGUUUUAAAAACUAUUUAUAUGUUUAUAAAAAAUAGAUAUUUAUAAAUAUUCGUUUUAUUUAUGUAACAUUUUGAAAUGGAUGCAAACUGCAGGUAAAUUCUGUUUGUAACCUUUUUUUGUCUUCAAUAGUGAAUGUUUUCAAAAUGAUAAAAGAAAAAAAGAAACCAGACACUUACGAGUUUUUGUAUAUGGAGAAAACAUAUAGUUUCUGGUAAAAAUAAACUAUGGGAUGGGGGUGWGACUGAGGCUUUAUUCAGUGAUAGUAGGCCAACAAUUCUCUCCAUUGAGUGGCCCUGCUGGGCACCAACUGGUUAAAUCAACAUUGUCYCAAACUAAUUUGUCAACACAUUGUGAUGUGGAGUCUAUGUAGAAAAUACAUUGGAUUUGAAAAAAGUAAUAAUUGAAAACUGUUGUUCUGUGAAAUUUCAACCACCGGUUUAUGUCAUCACGGUAACCGAUUUUCAACAUCGACAAACCUUGUAUAAAAUACGUUGAAUUUUGUUCCUCUGAAACAACGUAAGAUCUUAAACGUAAUAUGCACUACAAUAAAAAAAWUUAGGCUGGAAAGUUUUAAUCUAUCUACUGCGACCCUUUCGAGCUCCCAUCGAGAGUUUUAACCAAGCGCCGCCCUGGCUUAGCUUUGAUAUUUGUCACUGUCUAUUACCAAUGUGCUAUCGUGAGAAUGAUUGUUGAGAAAUAUCCACUUAACAGUUUCACUGUUGCAACCAAAGACAAAAUUCAAAAAUCAAAAAUUCUAAAGGGUAGGUUUAACAGAGAAAAUUACAUUUGACCAUACUUUUUCAAUCAUAUAUCAUCAAUGAUGAUAUUUAGGUCUAUAUAGCAUUUGGGAAGCCAUCAACAGCUAUUGUUUCAAUUCAGCCCAUUAUUAAACAAAAAUGAGACAGUACAAAUAGGGCUAGGGUUUGAGCUUUGGUUGAUUUCAAAUUGAAUUUACAAGUUAAAAAUGAAUCUGUUGGAUUCACCUCUCCAUCUCAACCAAAAAUAUGAGUUAAAGAAUAGGACUAGAUCAAAUCAAACUGUCAUUAAAGUGCAUUUAAAGUUUGAUUUGAUUUAACAUUAGUCAUUAACUUAGACGAUUGGUUGAAAUGGAGACGUGGAUCCAACAUAUCAAUGAUUAAUUAUGAUUAUUUGUAGACAAACUGGAAUUAAAGCCACACUCGGUGGUAAAGAUGGAACUAUCCAAGCAGAAAACACAUCUCCUUCAAAUGUUGAUAUUUGGUUGCGUUGUCAAUCACAUACAACCAAACUCAAUAUUACCUUUGUAAUACAGUAAAUAGCCUACAGUUAAGGCUAUCUUACAGACGAAUGUAAA